AUGCUCAAAAUCCAGACAUCCAUCGGCACAGGCUACGAUCUUUCCAAUUCAGUUUUCUCUCCGGAUGGUCGGAAUUUUCAGGUAGAGUAUGCUGUUAAAGCUGUUGAGAACGGCGGCACCGCGGUCGGUAUCCGGUGUAAGGAUGGUGUCGUUCUAGCUGUUGAGAAAAUAAUCACUAGCAAACUUCUUAAGCCUGGGGCGAAUAAGCGGAUAUCUACUGUCGACCGCCACGUUGGUAUUGUUUCGGCUGGACUAGCUCCCGAUGGCCGUCAUUUUGUUUCUCGUGCGCGCGAUGAGGCCUCCUCUUGGCGGGGUAUCUACAAAGGUCCUAUUACCGUUUCCGCUUUAGCCAACCGUCUUGGUGGCUAUGUGCAGGCGUACACCUUGUACUCUAGCGUUCGACCCUUUGGUGUAACCUCGAUCGUUGGGGGCUGGGACUCUGAAGCUGAGCUUGCCGUGGAUGGCCAAGGUGCGAAAUCCGGAGGCCCUGGUCUAUAUAUGAUCGAACCAAGCGGAUUGUACUGGGGUUAUUACGGGGCUGCCACUGGCAAGGGAAGACAGGCAGCCAAAGCUGAGCUUGAAAAGCUAGAUCUAGCAUCGGAGAAGCUGAGUCUACAGGAGGCUGUGAAGGAGGCUGCUAGGAUUAUAUAUGUUGCCCACGAGGACAACAAGGACAAGGAAUUUGAGCUUGAAAUGAGCUGGAUCAGCUCAGUAGACGGCCCAACAAAAGGCAGACAUGAGGAGGUGCCAACAGAACUACUUGAAGAGGCAGAGCGAACCGCUAAGCGAGCCCUAGAAGGCGACGAUGAGGAAGAGGAAGAUGGAGCGAAAGCGACUGGCAAUGAGGGCGAGCGAAUGGAAGAGUAA